UCUCUCUCUGUGUGUCUCUCGGGUCUGAGCUAGAGAUUUACGAUCCCUACCAACAUCUUCCUUCUUUAUUCUUAUUCCUUCCCCAUUUUUGCCAUUCUUUUUUUUUUCCUCUCCCUACUAAUUAUCGCACCCGGGAAACUCCUGUGCGAAUGGGUCGCUUCUUCAUCACGGGCUCGUCCGACGGCCUCGGUUCCCUGACGGCCCGGCGCCUGGUUGCAAAAGGACACCAAGUAGUCCUCCACGCACGUAACGCCGAGCGCGCCCGCGACGCCUCGGCCGCCUGCCCGGGGGCCGAGGCGGUGUUGGUGGCAGACCUGACCAGCAUCGACGAGACGAAGGAGCUCGCGGCGGCGGCGGACAAGCUCGGCCCUUAUGACGCAAUCAUCCACAACGCGGGCGUCUACGUGGGGAUGGAGAGCGUCCCGGGCAAGUCGGGCCUGCCGACCCUCUUCGCCGUCAACACGCUCGCCCCGUACUUGCUGACCUGCCUCAUGGCGAAGCCGAAGCGGCUCGUGUACGUCUCGUCCGGCAUGCACGCGGCCGGCCGGCCGCCCAAGCUGCACGGCAAGGGGAAGCAGAUCCUGUCCACUGGCUAUAGCGAUAGCAAGCUCCACAAUGUCAUGUUUGCCAAGGCGUUUGCCCGCCGCUGGGCCCAGGUCGGCUGCUACUCGGUCGACCCGGGCUGGGUGCCCACCAAUAUGGGCGGGCCCUCGGCCCCGGACAGGGUCGACGACGGCGUCGACACCUAUGUCAUGCUCGCACUGGGGGAAGGCGAGGCCGGAUGGAGCCGGGGCGGCUAUUUUUUCAAGUCGAGAGAGAGACAGCCGAGUGCCGUUGCCGGAGAUGUGAAGCUGCAGGACGAGCUGCUGGAUGAGUUGGCCAGCAUCAGCGGUGUCCCAGUGCCUACAGCCUAGUAAAGUUGUCACUGCAGAACGCGGGCGACGAGUGGGGGUUAGGAGUGUGGUGUGCCUGUUGCGCGGUUCAAAGAUGGCAUAUAGCUCGACGUCGUCGCGGGCCGAUCUCUUCGUGCUGAAAGUA